CAUACUCACUUAUAGCCGUAGGAUAGUUUAUUACUGCAAUCUACUAUUUGCUGGCUGAAAGCUGCAGUGGCACUCGAGCACCACACUUGGCUCCAUUCAGCACGGAGCACUUAGUAAGCAAGCAGCUAACGAAGCAACCGAAUUAGCAGCCAACCAAACGUUCGACUUGUCAGCCUCUGAUUCAGCCUAUCAAUGAGCUUGCGUCCCGUACUCGGCUCACCAACAAGCUUGUACCUUUUGCAACUCCGACUCAGCCUGCAUCACUGACUCUGCCUCAGCCUAUCAGCCGUCUAGAGCCAGAAAGCCAGCCAGCCAGCCAGCGUUAGUCUGCUUGCCGCGUUUUUGUGGCCAGCUAAGAGUGUUGUAGAGCAGUUAUGUUCUGGCCACUGCUCGCCUGUUUGCGCGACUACUGUGCUAAUUGCUCCUUGGCCGGCAUCAGCUACAUUGCCAAUAACAAAUUGCAUAUUAGUGAACGCGUUUUCUGGCUCUUUUGUUUCAUACUCUCCGCUUUUGGCUCGUACAAGCUCAUUUCAACGUUCGAACGUGACUUUGAGCAAUCCGCUGUCAGCAUUGUCUUCGAAAGUCUAACACCAUACGACAAAAUCUAUUUUCCCAGUGUGGCCGUGUGUGAGACGUUGGAGAAGGAUGGCACCACGCCAGCGGUGGAACAGUAUAUCGAGAGUCUAAAAUCACUAUUUUCAAAACUCAGUUACCCCGAAGAGUAUGACUAUGACGUCGAAAUUUAUGUCUUAAAACUACUUUUCCCGCAUGAGUACAACACCGGCAAUGCCAGGGCACAUUGCUUCGAUAAGGAGGGCACCGAUGCUGAGUGUCCGCACACCCACUACAGGGAACUAACGGAGAAGCUUCAUGAGAAUUGCUCCAACGUUUUGGUGGAAUGCUCGCUCGGGCACAAGGCCUUCAACUGCUGUCAUUACUUUGUACCACUACUCACACCUUAUGGCUACUGUUAUCUUUUGAAUUCAAGGCAAAACAAUCAUCCCGACAGCAAACAUUGGUUCCCGAGUGAGGUGGAGGACAAUCAUGCCACAGUGCGCUUAGUCACCGAUGUUGCAGUCGAGGUUUUCGUGCUCAACGAGGAGGAUAUACCUUAUGCCAAUCUAGCUGGUAUUACAACAAAGGUGGCAACACCAGGCAAACAUACGGACCUACAAAUAUCCGUGCAAGAAAUGGUUAACGAUGUGGAUGUGCGUGAAGUGUCACCAGAGUAUCGGGGUUGUCGUUUCUUCGACGAGAUCAUGCCGAAGUCAUCGUUUCGCGUCUACAGCUUCAGCGCCUGCAUUGUCGACUGUAUUGCUGCGCUGCAAAUGCGUUACUGCAAUUGUUCGAUAUACAAUUUAAUGCCGUCGGCGCGUGCGGAUAUGCCCGAUUGUGAUUAUAACGGACUUUUGUGUUUGGAGAAGGAAACGAAGGUGUCGCCCGAUAUUAAAUUGCUGCUGCCAUGGCCGGAGAAUAAUGAAACGUGUGAUUGCUUGCCGUCGUGUACUGAACACGACUUACGUGCGGUUUCCGAGUACAGUCCGAGCGGGCGCAAAGGUGUAGAAAGGCGUAGUGUUGCCAUCAGCCUCGUUGAUCGCCCCACUGAGCGUUAUCGUCGCCAGGCGCUGCGUACGCGUUUGGAUGUUGUCGUCACUAUCGGUGGCAUAUUGGGUUUGUUUUUAGGCGCCAGCAUUCUGAGUCUCAUCGAGCUUGUUUACUACUUUACCUUGCGGCUCUACAAUAACAUCCAAAUGAUAAGAAAAAACGAGAGAGCGCUAAACAGAGUAGUCCAAAAAAGCAGAAUAAAGGGUGCGAGUUUAAAUAAAGGAAGGAAAUAAAGAUUUCCAUUGCUUAAAUGUAUUUCAUCGUCAAGCUAAAUUAUAUGAAAUUCCUUAAUGCGAUU